CCCGGCCAGGCGGGCUCUGGGCGAGGCCACGCCCCUACCACCCGGCCGCGCGCGCCCCUUCCUCCGCGGCCCCAGCGAAGGUGCUGUCGCUUGCUUCCUGUCGCCCCUCAGCGCUGCCGGGCCCGCGGGAGCCGCCCCCCCUCCGAGCAGCGGCUGGAGCCUGGGAGCUGGCGCGGCGCGAUGAACACGGUGCUGUCCCGGGCCAACUCGCUCUUCGCCUUCUCUUUGAGCGUGAUGGCGCUGCUCACCUUCGGUUGUUUCAUCACCACCGUCUUCAAGGAGCGGAGCGUGCCCGUCAGCAUCAUCAUCUCCCGGGUCACGCUAAAAAACUUAGAAGACUUCACCGGACCUAGAGAAAAAAGUGAUCUGGCAAUCGUCUCAUUUGACAUUUAUGCAGAUCUGCAGAAUAUAUUUGACUGGAAUGUGAAACAAUUGUUUGUAUAUUUGUCCGUGGAAUAUUCAACAAAAAACAAUGCUCUAAACCAGGUGGUCCUUUGGGACAAGAUCUUGUUGAGAGGAGAUAACCCAAAGCUGUUCUUAAAAGACAUGAAGUCAAAAUACUUUUUCUUUGAUGAUGGAAAUGGUCUCAAGGCAAACAGGAACAUCACUUUAACUCUCUCCUGGAAUGUUAUACCAAAUGCUGGCAUUCUACCUCUUAUAACAGGAUCAGGACGACUGUCUGUACCUUUUCCAGAUACCUAUGAAACAACAAAAAGCUAUUAAAUUAUAAUACUGAAACCCAAGCAAGAUAUUUUUAUACUUGUAUAUUGUGAAUAAAUUUUAUUGCAGUUUCUUCUCAUAUCCUGUGCAACUUCUCCGUGAAUGGUACUUAGUUUCCUCAGGUCUAAGGAAAAGGAAAUGAAAGUUCAGUGGUUGUGGUUUGUUUUUGUUUUGUUUUGUUUUUGUUUUUUUUUUUAAAUAAGAUAUUGAAGUUGAAACUUAAGGGAAGGAUGAAUUGCAUUGUAAUGGAUUCGGGGGGUAAAAUGAGACUUUUUUUUUUUUUCUUUCCCCUGGUUAUCUGGGUUAUAGAUCUCCAAUUCUUUUAAAUAAACAUUUUUAAACCAAAA